CAGUGCGCAGUUUAAAUGGUAAGGCUCUGAAUUUGACGGGGGUCAUUUGGACUGUUCGUUUUUGGAGUAGCCUACCUUGUCAACGCAAGACGCUCCAAACCCUGACUUUCCAAGUGCACUGCUCCUAUAAAGAUACAUUUCUCAACAACAUUUGGCCUUCCACCUUAACCAAAAAUGUCCAAGAAGGGCCCGAGUGAGGAUGAGAAGUUCCUCUUUGUUGACAAAGACCUCUUGAACAGCCCAAUGGCUCAGGCUGACUGGGCGGCAAAGAAGCUGGUGUGGAUUCCAUCUGAGAAGCAUGGCUUUGAGGCAGCCAGCAUCAAGGAGGAGCAUGGAGACGAGGUACUGGUCGAGCUGGCUGACAAUGCAAAGAAAGUGACAGUCAACAAGGAUGACAUCCAGAAGAUGAACCCUCCCAAGUUCAGUAAGGUGGAGGAUAUGGCGGAGCUCACCUGCCUGAAUGAAGCCUCAGUGUUGCACAACCUACGGGAGAGAUACUUCUCUGGCCUUAUUUAUACGUACUCUGGUCUGUUCUGUGUGGUGGUCAACCCCUAUAAAAUGCUCCCAAUUUACUCAGAGAAGAUCAUUGAAAUGUACAAAGGGAAGAAAAGACAUGAAGUCCCUCCUCACAUCUACUCCAUUGCUGAUAAUGCUUACAGGAACAUGAUGCAAGAUCGUGAAGACCAGUCCAUUCUCUGCACGGGAGAGUCUGGUGCAGGGAAGACAGAGAACACCAAAAAGGUCAUCCAGUAUCUGGCGGUCGUGGCCUCCUCACACAAAGGCAAGAAGGACAGCAGCGCUCAACAAUCAGGAUCACAGUUUGCUUACGGGGAGCUGGAGAAGCAGCUCUUGCAGGCCAAUCCCAUCCUGGAGGCCUUUGGAAAUGCCAAGACCAUCAAAAAUGACAACUCCUCCCGAUUUGGCAAAUUCAUCCGCAUCAAUUUUGAUGUGACCGGCUACAUUGUUGGAGCCAAUAUUGAGACCUACCUGCUGGAAAAGUCUCGCUGUAUCAGACAAGCAAAGACAGAAAGAGCUUUUCACAUUUUCUACUACAUGAUUGCUGGUGCCAAGGACAAACUGCGUGAGGAUCUUCUUUUGGAGCCCUUCAGUAGUUACCGCUUCCUGAGUGCAGGCCAUGUCCAGAUUCCAGGCCAGCAAGAUGAUGAAAUGUAUGAUGAGACCAUGGAGGCCAUGAAAAUCAUGGGCUUCACUGAGGAGGAAAGAAUUGACAUCCUGAAAGUGUGCUCCACAGUCAUGCAGCUGGGAAACAUUGAGUUUAAAAAAGAGAGAAACCAGGAGCAGGCCACUAUGCCAGACAACACUGCUGCCCAAAAGGUCUGCCACCUACAGGGCAUCAAUGUGACAGACUUUACUAGGGCAAUCCUCACCCCUCGUAUCAAAGUGGGCAGAGAGGUGGUACAGAAGGCUCAGACCAAAGAGCAGGCUGACUUUGCUGUUGAAGCUUUGGCUAAAGCUGUCUUUGAGAGACUGUUCCGCUGGAUCCUGGCCCGUGUCAACAAGGCCCUGGAUAAAACCAAACGGCAGGGAGCUUCCUUCCUAGGAAUCCUUGACAUUGCAGGCUUUGAGAUCUUUGAGGACAACUCCUUUGAGCAGCUGUGCAUCAACUACACCAAUGAGAAGCUGCAGCAGCUCUUCAAUCACACCAUGUUCAUUCUGGAGCAAGAAGAGUACCAGAGGGAGGGCAUUGAGUGGAACUUUAUUGACUUUGGCCUUGACCUGCAGCCCUGCAUUGAGCUCAUUGAGAGACCUAACAACCCCCCUGGCAUCCUGGCCCUGUUGGAUGAAGAGUGCUGGUUUCCCAAAGCUACAGACGUCUCCUUUGUGGAGAAGCUUCUGAACACACAGGGGAAUCAUAUCAAAUUUGCCAAGCCAAAGCAGCUCAAAGACAAGACAGAGUUUUCUAUUUUACAUUAUGCGGGGAAGGUGGACUAUAACGCCACAGCCUGGUUGACAAAGAAUAUGGACCCUCUGAAUGACAACGUUACAGCACUGCUCAACAACUCCUCCAGCCCGUUUGUGCAGGAUCUCUGGAAAGAUUCUGACAGAGUGGUGGGUCUUGACACUAUUGCCAAGAUGUCGGACAGCUCCAUGCCAAGCGCCUCAAAGACUAAGAAGGGGAUGUUCCGCACAGUGGGACAGCUCUACAAGGAGUCUCUGGCCAAACUUAUGACUACACUGCACAACACCCAGCCCAACUUUGUCAGAUGCAUCAUCCCCAACCAUGAGAAGAGGGCAGGGAAGCUGGAUGCUCACCUCGUCCUGGAACAGCUGAGGUGUAAUGGUGUGUUGGAGGGGAUCAGAAUCUGCAGACAAGGAUUUCCAAACAGAAUAGUUUUCCAGGAGUUCCGUCAGCGCUAUGAGAUCCUGGCUGCUAAUGCUAUCCCUAAAGGUUUCAUGGAUGGCAAGCAGGCUUGUUGCCUCAUGAUCAAGCAUCUAGACCUGGACCCCAACCUGUACAGGAUUGGACAGAGUAAGAUUUUCUUCCGCACAGGAGUGCUGGCCCAGCUGGAAGAGGAGAGAGAUCUGAAAAUCACUGUGAUCAUCAUUGCUUUCCAGGCCCAGGCUCGAGGCUACUUGGCAAGAAAGGCAUUUGCUAAGAGGCAACAGCAACUAACAGCCAUGAAAGUGAUUCAGAGAAACUGUGCUGCCUACCUCAAACUAAGGAACUGGCAGUGGUGGAGGCUUUUCACAAAGGUCAAGCCUUUGCUGCAAGUAACCCGACAGGAGGAGGAGAUGAGUAUGAAAGAGGAAGAACUGCAGAAGGCCAAAGAAAUUGCUGGGAAAUUUGAAACAGAGCUGAAGGAGAUCACACUAAAACACACAUCGGUGGUGGAGGAGAGGAAUGCCUUGCAGGAACAGCUUCAAGCUGAGACAGAGCUGUAUGCUGAGGCUGAGGAAAUGAGAGUUCGCCUGGCAGCCAAGAAGCAGGAGCUGGAGGAGAUCCUCCAUGAGAUGGAGGCUAGGCUAGAUGAAGAGGAGGAACGUGCCCAGACGCUGUUACUGGAUAAGAAGAAAAUGCAACAGCAGAUGCAGGAAUUGGAAGAACAUUUAGAGGAGGAGGAGGAUGCUCGUCAAAAGCUGCAGUUGGAGAAGGUCACCUGUGAGGGAAAGAUUAAAAAACUUGAAGAUGACAUCUUGGUGAUGGAGGACCAAAACAGCAAGCUGCACAAGGAGAGGAAGCUAUUAGAGGAGAGGAUUGCAGACUUCAGCACUAACCUAGCAGAGGAAGAGGAGAAGUCAAAGAAUCUCACUAAGCUGAAAAACAAGCAUGAGUCUAUGAUCUCAGAACUAGAAGUCCGCUUGAAAAAGGAAGAGAAGAGUCGACAAGAGCUGGAUAAGGCUAAGCGUAAGUUGGAAGCAGAGUCAAAUGACUUGCAAGAGCAGAUAGCAGACCUGCAGGCCCAGAUCGCUGACCUUAAAGCCCAGCUAGCAAAAAAAGAGGAGGAGUUACAGAAUGCAUUGGCCAGGUUAGAAGAUGAGACCGGUCAGAAGAACAAUGCUCUGAAAAAAAUUAGAGAGCUGGAAGGGCACAUCUCUGACCUGCAGGAAGACCUAGACUCAGAGCGGGCGGCUAGGAACAAGGCAGAGAAAAUCAAACGGGACCUUGGAGAGGAGCUGGAGGCCCUUAAGUCUGAGCUCGAGGAUACCUUAGAUACCACUGCAACACAGCAAGAACUGAGGGCUAAACGUGAGCAGGAGGUGACACUGCUGAAGAGAGCCAUGGAAGAGGAGAACCGGACUCAUGAAGCACAGAUACAAGAGAUGAGACAGAAACAUACCCAGGCUACAGAAGAGCUCACAGAGCAGCUGGAGCAGGCCAAAAGAGUGAAGUCAAACCUGGAGAAAGCAAAACAAGCUUUGGAGAAAGAGACAUCAGAGUUAACCAUGGAAGUACGCUCACUUGUUCAGGCCAAACAAGACGGGGAGCACAAAAGGAAGAAAUUGGAAGGUCAGGUGGCAGAUCUGCAGUCACGCUUCAACGACAGUGAGAAACAGAAGGCCGAGUUGGGAGAGCGCUGCUCUAAAGUCACUGUUGAAUUGGAGAGUGUGACAAAUCUUUUGAAUGAAGCAGAAGGAAAGAACAUCAAACUGAGCAAAGAUUUGUCCAGCCUUUCCUCCCAACUCCAAGACACACAGGAACUGCUGGCUGAGGAGACACGUCAGAAACUGCAGUUCUCUACAAAGCUGCGGCAAGCUGAAGAUGACAAAAAUAGCUUACAGGAGCAGCUUGAAGAGGAGAUGGAGGCCAAGAGGAAUGUGGAGAGACAUGUGUCAAGCCUCAAUAUUCAGUUGUCAGACUCGAAGAAGAAGCUAGAGGAAAUGGCUGGAAACAUUGAGCUGCUGGAGGAAGGCAAAAAACGUCUGCAGAGAGAUCUGGAGGCAGCAAACACCCAAUUUGAAGAGAAGGCUUCUGCAUAUGACAAGUUGGAGAAGACCAAAAACCGUCUGCAGCAGGAGCUCGAGGACACACUGAUGGACCUGGACAACCAGAGACAGAUUGUUUCAAACCUGGAGAAAAAGCAGAAGAAGUUUGACCAGAUGCUGGCAGAGGAGAAGAGUAUCUCCAGUAAAUUUGCAGAUGAGAGAGACCGUGCUGAAGCUGAGGCCAGAGAGAAGGAGACUAAAGCUUUGUCCCUGGCCAGAGCACUAGAGGAGGCCCAGGACUCCAGAGAGGAGCUGGAGAGAGCCAACAAGGCCUUAAGGAUGGAGAUGGAGGACCUGAUCAGCUCCAAAGAUGAUGUGGGAAAAAAUGUCCAUGAGCUGGAGAAGUCAAAGCGAGGCCUGGAGGCCCAAGUUGAGGAGAUGAAGACCCAGCUGGAGGAGCUAGAAGACGAGUUGCAGGCGGCUGAGGAUGCUAAGCUGCGACUUGAGGUCAACAUGCAAGCUCUAAAGGCUCAGUUUGAGAGGGACCUCCAGGGAAGAGAUGAGAUGGGAGAGGAGAAGAAGAGACAGCUUGUCAAGCAGGUUCGGGAGCUAGAGACUGAGUUGGAGGAUGAACGAAAGCAGAGGGCUUUGGCAGCAGCAGCCAAGAAGAAGCUGGAGACAGACAUCAAAGAUCUGGAAGGACAGAUUGAGACAGCAACUAAGGGGCGAGAAGAGGCCAUCAAACAACUCCGCAAGCUCCAGGGCCAGAUGAAGGACUUCCAAAGGGAAUUGGAAGAUGCACAUGCUGCCAGAGAGGAGGUGCUGGCUACUGCAAAAGAGAGUGAAAAGAAGGCCAAGAGUCUGGAGGCUGAGCUCAUGCAGCUACAGGAGGAUCUGGCUGCAGCUGAGAGGGCACGUAAACAGGCAGAGGCUGAGAGGGAUGAGCUGUCUGAUGAGCUGGCGAGCAACUCCUCUGGAAAGUCAGCCUUGACAGAGGAGAAACGCCGCCUGGAAGCUAAGAUCUCCCAACUAGAAGAGGAGCUGGAGGAAGAGCAGGGCAACAUGGAGAUUCUCAAUGACAGGCUGAGGAAGAGCACACAGCAGGUAGAUCAGCUGACCAACGAGUUGCAGGCAGAGCGCUCCACCUCCCAGAAGAAUGAGAGUGCUCGGCAGCAGAUGGAACGCCAAAACAAGGAGCUGAAGGCCAAGCUUCAAGAGAUGGAGAACCAGGUCAAGUCCAAAUUCAAGUCCUCCAUCUCUGCUUUGGAGACGAAAGUGGCACAGUUGGAGGAGCAGCUGGAGCAGGAGAACAGAGAUAAACAGACAGCUGCAAAGAGCUUGCGCCAGAAGGACAAGAGGAUCAAGGACCUGAUGAUGCAGGUGGAAGAUGAAAGGAAGCAGGGAGAGCAGUACAAAGACCAGUCAGAGAAGGCGAAUACCCGCAUGAAGCAGCUAAAGAGGCAGCUGGAGGAGUCAGAGGAGGAGUCUCAGCGCGCUACAGCUGCCCGCAGGAAGCUGCAACGGGAGCUGGAUGAAGCCACUGAGGUCAAUGAUGCCAUGAGCCGUGAGGUCAACUCUCUCAAAAGCAAACUCAGGCGUGGAAAUGAACCCUCCUUUGGCAGCACACCUCGGCGAAUGGGCGGAGGCCGAAGGAUGGUUGAGGAUGCCUCAGAGGAGGAGGUUGACUCCCAGAGUGACUUCAAUGGAACAAAGGCCUCUGAGUAAAGAAUGGCACGAAACAUAAUACCAGAGUAACCUUCCAGGAUGAGGACCACCAUUUAAAAACGAAUCAUUUCGAAGUCUGUUAUCCUAGCUUGCUCCUCGAUAUCUCUUUAUAUAUACUUUGUCUCCAAUCUCCAAAAGCUUACGAUCUACCGUCUUGACUCAAUGCAUUUUUUCUCUGCAUAUAAUAGUCAGGACUUGCUACCAAAUAGAGGAGUUUUUGUUUGCUCUGCUCAUGUGUGAUUAGCUGUUACAUAUAUUUUUACUUCCACAGUUUUGUACUGCACUGACUGAUCCUUUCCUAUGCAAAUUUUUGUAUACUACAGAAGGCUCCUCUAAUUACCACGUUAAACUGCCAGCAAAGCCUGUCUUCUUUACAAUAAGUCACCUCAGAAAUUAAAGCAGGAACAUCGUGUAAAUUAGUGGAUCUAUAACUAUAAUAAGUGACUAUUGUCCUGUUGCCUGUGACUGCUGUUAGUGUUUUAGAGCAGCACUGAAGCUGUCGAACAGAUUGAAUAUGUAAAGGGAUAUUUCUGUUCUUCAUCUACCAACACUCAGUGCUGCUUUUUGUACCAAGCAACAAAUAUUUAGCUAAUAAACAUUUCUAGUCACAGUUUUAUAUUUGCACUUUUCAUGCACUAUGGUUUUUUCAUAACUUUAAUCAAGCCCAUUAAUGUAAGAAUGUUCUACUUUAGAGAAAAGCCAAAUAUCAUUAUAGGGCACUUAGGAGCACCCCUUUGCUCCAGGGUUAUCAUACAUGUUGAAAAAUAACCCAAACAUCAUCAACCAGACAAUUUUAAUCUGAUCAAGAAAAAUAUGUAAUCAGUUUAUGUUUACAUAACACCUAUUCUACCAAAUAAUUUUUGAACCACCUGCACAACAAAUAAAGAUGUCAAAAUAUA